AUGACACGACGACCAACACGUCUACCCGGACGGCACGCUCUGGCUAAGCUCCACGCCGGAAUCCUGGCAAACAAUACUGCCGCAUUGUCGUCGUCCUCAUCAUCAUCGUCAUCAUCAUGGGUACAGAUACCCCAUAGACCACUAUCCACCUUUACUCCCGGCAACAACAACAAACCCCCCAAUCGCCGCCUGCCGCUCGAGGGCCUCAAGAUCCUGGACCUGACCCGGGUCCUGGCGGGGCCGUUCUGCACGCAGAUCCUGGCCGACUACGGCGCGUCGGUGCUGAAGGUCGAGCAGCCCGGGGUGGGCGACGAGACGCGGCAGUGGCGCACGCACCACGAGGCACAGAAGUGGAAGGACCAGCACCGGCUGAUGAGCCUGUACUUUGCCGCCGUGAACCGGAACAAGAAGUCCGUGACGGUCAAUUUCAAGGACGCGCGGGGGCGCGAGAUCGUCGCCCGUCUCGCGAGGCAGUGGGAGGGCACCGGCGUCGACGUCGUCGUGCAUAACUUCCUACCGGGCAAGAUGGAGGGGAUGGGCCUGGGGUACGAGCAGCUGAAACAGGCCAUGGGUGAGGCGGGAGAGAGGCUGAUCUACGCCGCGGUCAGCGGCUAUGGUCCAUCGGGCCCCAGUGCACAACGAGCUGGGUAUGAUGCCAUUGCGCUGGCGGAGGCUGGGUUGCUGCACAUCACGGGCGAGGAGGGAAGGCCGCCGUCGAAGCCUGGUGUGGCCAUGGCCGACUUGUGCACGGGCCUGUACACGCAUGGCGCCAUCCUUGCGGCGUUACAUCAGAGGGAUAGGACUGGGAAAGGGUGCUUGAUUGAAGGGAGUCUAUUUGAGAGCAGUCUGAGCCUGCUCAUCAAUGUGGGGUUGGCCAGUCUGAAUCUGGACGUUGAUCAAGGCCCCGAGAAAAGGAGAAGAGGGAAGAGACUAGGGUUAGAACAUCCCAGCUUGGUACCCUAUGGAGGAUUUGAGACGAAAGACAAGAAGAUGAUGUACGUGGCGGCGAAUAACAACAGACAAUGGAAAGGGUUCUGCGGGCGUAUGGGAAUCGCCGCUAUGGCCGAGGACGAGAGGUUCAGUACGAAUGACGGGCGGGUUGAGCACAGGGAGGAGAUCAACCGCAUCUUGCAGGAGAAGUUCCGGGCCAAGACGAAAGACGAGUGGUUGGCGGCGUUCGAAGGGAGUGGGUUGCCAUAUGGCGCCAUCAAUGAUGUGGUCGAGGCGUUGGAACAUCCUCAAGCCAAAGCCCGGAAUAUGGUGGUCGACGUCGAGGAUUUCGAAGCAGCCAGAGACGGCGUCCUCAGGUUGAUUGGACCUGCCGUGAAGUUUGAGGGAGCCCAAAUGAACGUGAGGCUGAAACCACCCUUGUUGGGUGAGCACACGGAAGAGGUUCUGGCGAAGCUUGGGUAUGGCUCUGCGGAGGUGGCUGAGUUGAGGAAGUCUGGUGUUGUCUGA